AUGGAGAAGAACUUUUUUAUGAUACCUGUGAUUUUAACUAUUUUAUCACUGGCCUCUUUAGACAAAGAUGGCAGACUGGUCAUCGAAUCAGACUUCUCUAGCAAUGAAUCCCUCGAACUGGAGUGCCAAUCGGUGCUGAAUUUAUCAAGUGUUGAGAGGAUCUACGUCCUGGUCUGGAAAAACCGGAAAAUGAUUAAAACGGCAGACGUGUACGGGCGUUUUUGGAAUUUUCGACUAUCUUUUGACUAUUUCAACUUUAAAAAUGAGUCGAAUUUUGACGUCUUGGCCGAUUUAGAGCUCCCCAGCGCUAAAGUCAGCCAGAAAAACUACAUCACUAAAAACAGCAAAAUACUCUAUAAGACGUAUAUUGCAGAUUUUGAAGUUCCGUGCGAUUUCAUGAAACCACCCCCGGAACUUCGCUACGGUCUCACACUAAAAUUCAAAGAUGGUCGCCAGUUUGAGUAUAUCGAACUCACCUACAAGUUCCCCUAUCACGUCAAAGUGCACAACACGCGGAUCGACAAAGUAUCGGUUGAAGUUAACGAGACGAUAACCUGCCUGUACAAAGCCAGCCCUGAACCCUACCUUAUAAGUUGGGCGGUUGACGUGUUGGAGAGUGAGGAAAAAGUUAACGAAACCUUUUCGAUACUAAAGCCCAACCAAAUUUCUAUACACGCUAUUGGAGUUUACUACGUGGCGUGCACGGUUAAGAAUAACUUCACGGAAGAUGAUUUCGGGAAUGUAACCACUUCUGAAGAUGUUGACGAAACAGUCGAAGUUAAAAAAAUUGUGGUGUACGGAUGGUUCAUACUCAUCGUUGUCGUCAUACUACUCGUACUAAUAAUCCUCUUCAUCAUAAUCCUUUUAUGCAUUUGCCUGUGCCUUUACAAGAAGAAGGCCCGUAAGGAUAAAGACAGCAACGAAACUCCAACAUCUGAUGGUUAA